UGCUCUUAUGUGUGAAAACUUCCAUUAAGAUUAUAUAAAAAAGAACUAGAUUAUAGAAGGGCCACCAUUAUCAAUGUGACUUGAGAUGUCAAUGGCUCAUGUGGUUGGUUCAAUGGCUCAUGUGGGAAUGAGGAGAUAGGUCGGACAAGUUCAGAAACCAUAAAUUCGUUGUUGAGAAAGUCCUCUCAAGACCAAGUAGGCCACAAAUUUUUCAUGUUGAUCAGGGAUCAGAAGACUAAAAGCAUAUUCAUGAAGUUUUAUCAAAUGCAGACAUUAUGUCCCGUCUCAAAGUCAUAUUCAUGAACAAGCCACUCCUAGCUUGGGUCAAAGCUUUAAUAAAAAAAGUGGAAUUGAUUAACAAAUAAUCCACCAGUUUCAUGGAUCCGUUUUCUAUCUAAGGAUUCCGUGCUUCCUAGUUAGGUGUCAUUUCCUACAAUAUGCACUAUAUUUAUCAGACUAAAAGCAUCCCUGGUCAUGCCUUUACCAUUUUGACCCGUGAUAAAGUAUCCCAGAGUAAUAGUAUAGAAUGAUGGGCUAUUUAAACUUAAUCCUACAAGCAUGUGACGAUAUUUAACGAGGCUCAUAUUCAAACAACUAAAGCAAGCUAAUUUUAAUCAAAAUCAGCAAGGCUAAAGCAAGUCGCAUAGAUCUCGCUCAUGAUCAUUGCCGACAAAACUAAUCGCCAAAACACAUUUCCAACUACCAUAGCAGAUUCUGUUCCCGGAUUUCUUCCAUAAAAUUACCGUCACUAUUUCCCAAGAAAAUUAAGUGCUUAUUGUGAUCUAUAAUAAUAUAAGGGAAAGCUAGUUGGUCAAGCAAGAUGACUUAUUUACCCUUUAUUUGGCAUGUUGGGCUCGGAUGAAUAAUGUAUCCUAUUCACGCGGCAUGUUCCUACCAAACCUGUAGCUAAAACAUCUAAUAACAGUUGCCACCGAAUUCAAUUAGGUGGCUGGAAGGUUGGGACCAGCCAGCCUCAAUAAUUUUCUACCACCCCACAGCUUACCACGACACCUAAUUAGAAACAAAAAGUCAAGCAUGGAAGCCUACAAAACUAGAAUCCGAAGCACUUCAACCAUCCAUAUAAACCCAUCAAGAAGAGACUUUGAGCGAGCCUCCUACCCCAAGAGGCUUUCAAGUCGGAACCGGAGCGUAGGAGAACAGUAGCCAAUUACUCAUUUGGCUUUUGUCAUGGCUGGUCACCAGAGAAUUCAUCCGGUGGACGUCGAAUCUCCACCACCGUCAGCUCCACGAGCGCCCCUCAACUUCUCGCAAUCCGAAGAGCACGAUGUCGCCGGUCCGUUGCAAGGCACCAUCCCGGUAGCCCAAGCAAAGCCAGCCAAGAAGAAGAGGAGCUGCUGCAAGUGUUUGUGCUGCACCACCCUCACCAUUGUCGUACUCAUCAUCCUUAUUGGAGCCACUGCUGGAAUUCUAUAUCUCAUCUUCGACCCCAAGAUACCCAAGUACUCGGUCGACCGCCUCAGCAUCUCGGCAUUUGAUGUGGACAGCAGCAUGACAGUCAGGGCCAGCUUCAACGUGACGGUCACUGCAAGGAAUCCUAACAAGAAGAUUGGCAUCUACUAUGAGGAAGGAAGCUAUCUGAGCGUGCGGUACACCGAUAGCAGCCUGUGCAACGGGAGCUUCCCGGAGUUCUACCAGGGCCACCGGAGCACGACUGUGCUAAGCAUCAUAAUGACCGGCGAGACCCAGCUGGGGAGCGGGCUCCUCACCGAGUUGCAGCGGCAGCAGCAGACCGGGACGAUACCGCUGCUCUUUAAAGGCGAUGUGCCGGUGAGGGUGAAGUUUGGGAGACUGAAGCUCUGGAAGGUGACCUUCGGAGUCAGGUGCAAUCUGGUGGUGAAUAGUUUGAGUGCCAGCAAUCAGAUUAGCAUCAAAUCAAGCAGCUGCAAGUUUAAGUUGAAGCACUGAUUUCAUUUUCUUCUCUCGGUUCUUAACUUCGGAGGUGCUUGUUUUCAUAUAGAAGUCUUGAGAUGUUGUUUCUUCCUCUACUUGUUUCUUCCUUCUCUUUUCACAGGAGAUACGGAGGUCUUCUGUAGUCGUGCAACCGCCACCUCUCAUACAGCUAAGUUUGUAUUGAUUUACUUAGAAUAUACUAGUUAAUUGAUUCAAAAUUCAGUUCCAGUAUUUAUUAGAUAAUGUUGUUUUUAAGUGACAGAGCUAUAUCCAGUGUAAUAAUUUUUUUGUUAAAACCAUGAAUAAGAAAGAAAAAUUUGUCAUGGGCUUUGCGUGGAUGGAGGGAUGAGGGUAUAACGUCCAUGAUUUAAGUAAUUACAUGCUUCCAGCAGUCCAAACAAUUUUGCGAAACGUAAUAAGGAAUACAGAAAGGAAACACCGACCCGAUCCAACAAUGCUACACCAAGAAAACACGAAAAUCCAUAAGCAAGUGCCAGUUUGGCUGUAUUUUAUACUAAGUUAUCACGGAUCUGCUUUGCAGUGGAUAUUAAAAUAUCAAGUUCUGUUUUUUGACUCCCUUCAUUGGUCUUAGACAUCAAUAAUGAUAUUCUUAGCGAUAUAUAAAUGAAAUAAUACCAGAGUAUAUAUACAAGAAAAUGAUCAUAAGAAUGUAUGAAGAAAAGGGCAUAAGAAGUAUGAAGAAAUUUACCUGAAAAUGGUUUGUUCAAUCUCAUUCAAAAAUGUAAUAAUAUGAUAGAAGAAUAACAUCAACAUCCAAAUACCUACAAUUUUUGGGACCACACUCCUCACUAUUUUCUCCAUAUGAGCCACGGCAUUUGCAACUCGAUCAGCCUUCUUGUGUGUGUCUGCUGUCUGUUUCCACAAAUACUUUUGUCGAAAGAUCUUCAAAUGAAGGCAAGAGCUUGAUGAGUGAUAUUUCACUUGCAUUGGAUCCAUCCAUUUUAUAGAGCAUCUCUCAAAGAACUUUACUGCAACAAAAAAGAAAAAGGACAACAAAGAAACAGAAGCUAGAAAACUUGUAGCCAAUCCUUUUCCAGAUCUAUGUAGGAUAGAGUACAAUGAAUUACAAGUCCACAGUUUGCGACCCAAUCUUGGUGGUAGUCUUUGCAUGCAUAUCAUCAUUAAUCAGAUCAAUCACUUUCAAGAUGAUAUCGCAUGCAUAAAUCCACUGGUCAGUUAACCAGAGAAAUAUCCUUUUCUUUUUUCCCAUAAUUUACAUUUACAUGCACUAUAAAACACUUGUACACAACACCGUCCCGUAAACAAGCAAGCUAUGGGAAGACUUCUCUUUGGGGGGAGGGAGAGAGAGAGAGAGAGAAGGGGGGGGGGGGGGGGGG